AUGAAUUCUUGGAAGGAAGAAGGUGACUGUUGUUCGUGGGACGGGGUUACAUGUGACAGGGAGACCGGUCACGUGAUUGGCCUUGACCUUAGCUGCAGCUGGCUUCAUGGUUACAUUCCCUCCAACAGCACUCUGUUUCUCCUUUCUCACUUGCAAAGCCUAAACCUUUGUUACAAUGAUUUCAAUUACUCCCAGAUUUCCCCUGGCUUUGGUCAAUUUUCUGAUUUGACAGUCCUUAGACUUUCAUACUCCAAUUUUUCCGGCCAGCUUCCAUUAGAUAUCUCCCAUUUAUCUAAGUUAGUUGUGCUUGACCUUUCUGGCAAUUCUCAGGUGAUUCUUGAACACCCUGUCUUGGAAGGGAUGGUUCAAAAUCUGUCCAAGUUGGAAGCAGUUUUUCUUGACGACGUAGAUAUGUCUACCGCCGCACGAACUGCUUCCUUUACAAAUCUAUCUUCUUCUUUGAUAGACCUGAGUCUCAUUGAUUGUCGAUUGGUAGGCUACUUUCCCGAAAGUAUCCUUCGCUUACCGAAUCUACGAACCCUCCAUUUACAGUUGAACCCCAACUUAACGGGCAUCUUUCCGAAGGUUAACUGGAGCAGUCCCAUUGAAACUCUGAAUGUUGCUUACACAAAUUUUUCUGGACAAUUACCCAAUUCAAUCAGCAAUGUGAUGUCCUUGAGGUAUUUGGAUCUCUUUGGAUGCAAUUUUUUCGGGUUAAUUCCUCCGUCACUUGCUAACCUUACACAACUUAUCUUUUUGGGCCUUGGAAAAAACCAUUUUUAUGGCCACAUCCCAUCAUCCCUUUCAAAUCUUGGGCAGCUCCAAGUUUUCGAUCUUUCAUGGAACCAUCUAACAGGUGAAAUUCCCUCCGAUAUUUUUGUCAACCUUACUCAACUUUCUUUCGUAUCCUUCCGAAGUAAUCAACUAGUUGGUCCAAUCCCCUCUCGUGCAAGUGGACUUCAAAAUUUAGCUGUUCUCUCUGUGAAUGAGAACAUGCUCAACGGGUCUCUGCCCUCUUGGCUAUUCACUCUGCCACGGGUGGAAUUUAUAGACCUUGGUUACAAUCAACUAGCCGGGCACAUCGUUGAAUUCCAAUGCCAGUUCUUAGAGUCUCUGUGUUUGGACCAAAAUAGGUUUCAUGGCUCAAUUCCAGUUCUACCACAUUCAUUGAGAUUAUUUUUUAUCUCCAACAAUAGUAUGACAGGAGGGAUUACUCAUCUGAUUUGCAAUAUGAGCUUGAUUGCUAUUCUUGAUCUUUAUAAUAACAACUUGAGUGGCACCAUUCCAGACUGCUUGGGAAACUUCAACAGUAGUCUUCGAGUGUUAGAUCUGCAAAAGAAUAGAAUGUAUGGAAAUAUUCCCGAUUCAUUUGCACAAGGCAAUCAUUUGAGGGAACUCAGCAUCAACUGCAAUUGGUUGGAAGGGACUGUCCCACGAUCUUUGGAGAAUUGCACCAAGCUCGAAGUUUUAAAUAUUGGAAACAACAACAUAAAGGAUAUAUUCCCACAUUGGUUGAGCAGUCUUCCAGAGUUGCGAGUUUUUGUUCUUCGUUCCAAUAAAUUCUACGGAAUUAUAUCAGCUUCGUCCGCUGAGGCUAAUCAUUCGUUUCCUAAGUUAAGAUUCUUCGAUAUUUCAAAUAAUACUUUUAGUGGUCCUUUGCCCACAAAGUAUUUUGAAAGUAUGAAAGCUAUGCAGAAUGUUGUUAAAGUGGGAAAGAAGUUGCGAUACUUGGGUGAUGGAUACUAUCAAGUUUCUCUGAUAUUAAAUCUGAAAGGCUCUAGUUUUGAAAUGAUGAAAAUUAUCAAUGAGUUUACUAUCAUGGAUUUCUCCUACAAUAAUUUCCAUGGCGAGAUUCCGAAAAUAAUUGGAAAUCUGCAUGCGCUUCAGAUUCUCAACCUUUCUCGUAAUAGUUUAAGUGGCUGUAUUCCAUCAUCUUUCGGAAAUUUGUUAUCUCUCGAGUCAUUAGACCUUUCUUCAAACAAGCUUACGGGAGAAAUUCCCCGUCAGUUGACAAAUUUGAACUUUCUUGAAGUUUUAAACUUGUCAAAUAACCAUCUCACAGGUUCCAUACCUCAGAAUAACCAAUUUAACACAUUCCCAAAUACUUCGUAUGGCGGGAAUGCGGGGUUGUGUGGAUUUCCAUUAUCAAACAAAUGUGGUGACGACAGUGCGCUGCAUAUCUCAGCAUCAAAUGAAGAUGACAUGGAGUCCAAUAACGGAUUUGACUGGCAAGUGGUGUUGAUAGGGUUUGGCUGUGGAGUGCCGUUUGGAUUAAUUAUUGGGUGUUUUGUGUUCGCAACUGGGAAGCCUUAA